UGCAGCUAAGUGUCUCUUAAGCCAUGAAUGCCGUUGGUGUUGCAGCUAUGGCUGAAAACUACCAGAAGUUCAACCCCACAGCCUACUUGCAGAACAACUACAUGCCACCACGUGCCACUUUCACUAGUGAGGAUUUUGUGGUGCCCUGGAAGCUCCGUUGCCUGGCAGAUGCCUUUGCCACAGGAAAAAUCAGGGGCCACACUCUUAUCGAUAUUGGCACAGGCCCCACCAUCUACCAGCUCCUCAGUGCCUGCGACUACUUUGAGGAGAUUGUGGCCACUGACUUCUUGGAAGUGAACCGGGCUGUGAUUCAUAACUGGGUGCACAGUGAAGAAAAAGGUGGCUUUGAGUGGUCCUCUUAUAUCCAGCAUGUUUGUAAGAUUGAGGGCAAAGGGGAACCAUGGAAGGAGAAAGAGCAAAAGCUGAAGAAGAAGCUGAAAAAGAUCCUUCCCAUUGACAUCCACCAACCCAACCCACUGGGUUCUUUGCUCAGCCAGCCAGCUGAUGCUUUGGUCUCUACUUUUUGCCUAGAGGCCGCGAGCCCUGACCGCCCAAGCUUUGAUCGAGCCCUUCAGAAUGUCACCAGGCUCCUCAAACCUGGUGGCCAUUUUCUCAUGAUUGGAGCUUUGGAAGAAUCUUUCUACUUAGCGGGAGAAGCAAAGCUGACAGUGGUGCCUGUGAGUGAAGCAGACAUCAAGGAAUCGUUUGCAAACAGCAGCUAUCGCAUCCAUGACUUCCGUUCCUACAACAUGCCACCAAACCUGAAGAUUGGAGUCGAUGAUGUACAAGGGAUCUUCUUCAUCCAUGCGCAGAAGCUUGCUUGAUUCCAGUUUGCCUAGAAGCUGUUUUUUCUCUUGUCAAAGAAACAUUAUAUUGCAUAAAAACUCAGCUUGCUCUAUUCCCAUUAUCUCUUGUGCUAGUCCCUCUAUGCUUACAACUGUGUAUUCUCUGGUUUUAUCUUAUUUAAAUUCAAGUUUGCUGCCAAAAAGGGAUAGUUUCGGUAAUCUGAACCAAAUCCCUUUGCAGAUUUUAUUCAGCUUUUUCUGUCCAAAGAAUGAAAUAAUGCAUUGCCCAAAUUCUAUACCCCACCAUUGUGCAGUUCAGGGGCAGAGUACAUAUUUUCCAUCUAGAAGAGCAAAGGUUGUAUCUCUGGUAUCUGCAGUAAAAAAUAAAAAAAAUGGGGGGGGGCAGUUUUCUCCAGUUUGGUAUCCUCCAGAUGUGUAGGACUUCCAAGACCAUGGUGGCUGGCAGAUAUAGAAUUUGGAACCCAAUAUAUUUGAAGGGCAGCAAGCAGGAGAAGCUUGCAAAUAUAUUGGAUAACAAAGCUGGGGAAGCAAUCCAUGCCAGAAAUAGAUAGAUGGAUGA